AUGACCGACAGCAAAGUUGAUGUCAAUGCAGCGGUACAGCCACCGAGCGAAUUCGAUUUUUCGAGACCAGAGCUGUGGCCCACAUGGAUCAAAAGGUUCGAGAGAUACUUGUCGGUAUCAAACUCAUCAAAGAAGAGUAAGAAAGAAAAAAUAGAUUUGUUGUGCUACGUAAUGGGAGAGAAGUCCGAAGAGAUUUUUUCCCAAGUCGUGCCGGAUUUGAGCGACGCCACGACGUAUGAGACGGUGAAGAAAAAGUUCGACGAAUACUUCACGGCUAGAGAAAACGUCGUGUUUGAGAGAUUCAAAUUCAAUUCUCGAAUUCAACAGCCCGAAGAGAGUGUGGACUCAUUCAUUACAGCAUUAUAUACGCUGGCAGAAUCCUGCGAGUUCGGGAAUUUGAAAGACGAGCUUAUACGCGAUCGCAUUAUUAUCGGAAUUCGUGACUCACGAGCAUCCGAGCGUCUACAAUUAAUAUCGGACUUGACGAUAAACAAAACCAUCGAACUGGCGAGGCAAGCCGAAAUACAGGCUAGAGAAGGCAAGAAGAUUAGAGACGACGUGUCACAACAAUCCCAAGUAAACAGAGUAGCCGAGAACAAAAGAAAAGGGAAAGGAAGCCGGCAUUCGUGGAACGAUAAGGCGGAGAGCGCGUCGUGUACAAGAUGCGGCCUGCCGAAACAUGCGAACUGGCAGAGAUGCCCAGCGUCAAGCUCGAGAUGUCGGAAAUGCAGUAAGCUAGGACAUUGGGAGAGUGUAUGCAGAUCAAAGGUCACCGAUAAAGUCAAUCGAGUCGAGGAAGCGGAUGACACAGAAGAAGAGUCGAAGGAGACAAUAUUUCUAGGUGCGGUAAGCGAUGUAAACGACUGUAUAGGCGACUUUGUUUUUAAAGCACAUGUCAACAAGCUCCGUGCCGACCUUCGCUUUAUAGUAGACUCGGGCGCCGACGUGACGUGUAUAUCUCUCAAGGCCGUACCGGAAUGGUAUAGAAAUAGAAUACGUAGUAGCCGUAAGAUAGUGCUAGGGACGGACGGCAAAAGAUUAUCCUUAUUAGACUAUAUUGAUGUAAACAUAGUAUGGAAAAAGCAAAGCGUAAAAGCGCGUAUCUAUGUAUUAGAGAUUCUAAAAAACUGCCUAUUGGGCAAGCCGGAAAUAAGAAGAUUUGAUCUCAUAAAAGUUCUGAAUAAUCUAAGAUUACAAAGCAAUCAGGGCGUAAACGAUUUUAUAAAACGAUACCCAAAAGUUUUUGAUGGUAUUGGUCAAUUCGGCAGACCUUUAAAGAUUCAACUUAAAGAGAACAUAGUCCCAUUUUUUCAGUCAGUAUCACGAACGAUAGCCCUGCCUCUGAGAGAAAAAGUCAAAGAAAAACUUGAUCGAUUAGUAUCUAAAGGUAUUAUAACUCAGGUAGAUUUCCCAACCGAUUGGUGUAACCCAAUAGUGGUGGUACCAAAAAAAAACAGCGCCAGCGUGCAUAUAUGCGGAGACUACACCAAACUAAAUAGUAGUGUAAAACAAUCACAUUUUCCGUUAGCAAAGGUGGAUGUCGCUCUAGCAAGCCUUAAGGGUAGUAAAUACUUCUUGAAAUUAGAUGCGGAAGCGGGUUUCUAUCAAGUUUCUAAGCUCGACAAAGAAAGCAAAAAGUUGACUACGUUCAUUACACCUUUCGGUCGUUUUAUGUUCACUCGUUUACCUUUCAGAAUAAACGGCGCACCUGAUUAUUUCUCUCAAUGGUUCGCAGAUUUGUUUGUGAAAACGGAAAAGAGUAGUAGGAUAAAGCGUAACCGAUGGCAUUUAGUACCGGCUCCGUAUAGAGGUAAGGAGGAGGAGAGAAGCAAUAACGCACCUCUGAACUUCGAUGUAAACGAUGACGAAAAUGUUAAUGUUAAUGUUACCGAACCUAGAGUAAGAAAUCACGCCGGGAGCGACUAUCGUCCUGAGGGCGAGCUCGGCCAGGACAGACCUAAAAGAACUUGCGGUCCACCUGCGUUCUACGGCAACGUUGUUACACACUAA